AUGGACAGCCUUCUCGUCAUUACAUAUGCUUAUAAACCGCUCUCCGACAGCUUCUUGCGAAACAUAUCCUCCGGAGGCUCGGACUUCGACCCUGAUCAUGGGACUCAUCUUUCCCCGAUCCUGAUACCCCGCGUCGCCGGGACAGCAGGGCAUACAACUGUCCAGCGCCAUUUCAUUAAUUUCUUCAGCGGCGAGCUGCCAAGAUGGAGGAUGGAGUGGUACAAUUCGAGCACGACAACGCCUAUGGGUGUUGAAGUCCCAAUCGCGAACCUUGUUUUCAAGAGGGAGCCGCCUUGGACAAAGCAAGGGCAGGCCAAUUGGUUGACGUUGGCGGCGCAUUAUGACAGCAAGAACUUCCCAGAGGGGUUUUUAGGCGCGACGGAUAGUGCUGUUCCUUGCGCUAUAUUGCUGCAUGUUGCAAGAAGCAUCGAUCAGUAUGUGACACAGAUGCAUGACGAGAUGGCGGAAUUGGGGGAAGGGGGAACAGUCGAGAUGGAUAUGGGUGUGCAAAUACUACUUCUUGACGGGAAGGAGGCUUUGGAUGAGAAGGGGCCAGCAUUGUAUGGAUCAAGAGCUCUGAGUGAGACUUGGGAGAUGAAAACCAAUCCAGUUGGCUCGAAGUAUCCAAAUGCUUUGAGCCAAAUUAAUAUAUUCGUUCUGCUCGACGUCCUGGGAUCCAUCAACCCCACAAUUCCCUCAUAUUUCCUCCUUACGCAUUGGGCAUACAAAAACAUGGCACGUCUUGAAGACCGCUUGCGUAAGAUUGGUCUUCUCGAGACGAGCCCGCUAUCUGCAUUCCUUCCCAUGACGAACGAGCCAAUCAUGGAGUCUGAAAUAGUAGGCGAUUACGUCCCGUUCAUGGAACGUGGUAUACCAUUUAUUCGGCUUCUGCCUUCGCCUCUGCCCCCAAUCGCAAAUACAAUAGAAGACAACGGCAAACACCUUCACUUGCCGACUGUUAGGGACUGGGCCAAGAUCGUGACAGGUUUUGCGCUUGAAUGGUUAGACAUGAUGGAAGUGUGGCCCGAGUAG